AGCACAGUCACUGGGACCACCAGCACAGUCACUGGGACCACCAGCACGACCCCAGGGACCACCAGCACAGUCACUGGGACCACCAGCACAGUCACUGGGACCACCAGCACGACCCCAGGGACCACCAGCACAGUCACUGGGACCACCAGCACAGUCACUGGGACCACCAGCACGACCCCAGGGACCACCAGCACAGUCACUGGGACCACCAGCACAGUCACUGGGACCACCAGCACGACCCCAGGGACCACCAGCACAGUCACUGGGACCACCAGCACAGUCACUGGGACCACCAGCAGCACGACCCCAGGGACCACCAGCACAGUCACUGGGACCACCAGCACAGUCACUGGGACCACCAGCACGACCAGCACGACCCCAGGGACCACCAGCACAGUCACUGGGACCACCAGCACAGUCACUGGGACCACCAGCACGACCCCAGGGACCACCAGCACAGUCACUGGGACCACCAGCACAGUCACUGGGACCACCAGCACGACCCCAGGGACCACC